AUGGGGGGAGUCAGUCUUUUAGCUGUUAUUAUCUUGUGUGUUUUGGGAUAUUUGGGCUCAACUAAUGCUCAGCUACAGAUGGGUUUUUAUGCUAAAAGCUGCCCAGAAGCUGAGAAGAUUGUGUUCGACUCUGUUAUCAAGCAUAUCCAUGAUUCUCCUUCACUGGCACCAUCCCUCUUAAGAUUGCACUUCCACGAUUGCUUUGUCAGGGGUUGCGAUGCAUCAGUCCUUUUGAAGUCGAAGAGAAAAAAAGCUGAAAGGAAUGCGCCACCAAAUCUAACGCUAAGAGGAUUUAGUUUUAUUGACAGUGUAAAGAGCAAGCUUGAAGCUGAAUGCCCAGGGAUUGUGUCCUGUGCAGACAUUAUUGCUUUAGCUGCUAUGGACACUGUAGCUGCGAUAGGAGGUCCAUUUUGUAGAAUUCCGACCGGUCGAAGGGAUGGGAAAACAUCAAGGAAAUCAGAAGCCUCGAAAAAUAUCCCAUCACCAACCAGCAACUUCACCAAUCUAGAAAAACUUUUUGCAAAUCAAGGACUUGACUCGAAAGACUUGGUCGUGCUAUCUGGUGCACACACCAUUGGUGUCUCUCAUUGUACAUCAUUCUCAUACAGGUUAUACAAUUUCACCGGAAAAGGCGAUCAAGAUCCGGCUCUAGACGGUGAAUAUGCUAAGAUUCUUAAGGCAAAGAAGUGCAAAACACCCAAGGACAAUACCACCUUAGUUGAGAUGGAUCCAGGAAGUCCAUAUGCAUUUGAUCUCAACUACUAUAAACUUCUACUUACAAAGAAGGGUCUUUUCCAGUCUGAUUCUGCUCUGACUACUAACUCUACUGCACUCUUUUGGAUCAAACACAUUCUUCAUGGUUCGCUUAGAAGAUUUUACUUUGAAUUUGCUAUGGCCAUGAAGAAAAUGGGUCGGAUCAAUGUGAAAACAGGAUCAUCUGGGCAAAUUAGAAAGAAAUGUGGACUUGUGAACAAAUAGGAUUGUUAAUGCUUUUCCAACAAAUAAUUUGAGGGUCCAGGUCUUCUGGGGUUGUAAUAUUUUUACUGGUUUUAUUUGCAUUUUGUG